AUGGGUCCUCGGGUAUCUGCUCUGCUCUCCAUGUACAAUGUGUGCCUCAACACAGACGGUGUAUUCGACGUCAAUUCGGAAGGUUUCAACAGCGUAGCCAGCCUAGCCUAUAAAAACAUAGUAGAAAAAGACCUGGUCAUGAACGUCCACCAGGAUGGCCAUUGGAGAUCCUACCGGAACCGCACCGUCAACCUCUCCUGUAUCGACAAGUGCGAGGCCCUCGUGCCCAAAUUUGCCAAGGCUGCCGAGCAGCUCGAGGAAGAAGGCUCGGACAUCAAGCUGGCCAAGGUGUACACAACCUUCAAGGGCCUGCUCGCUUGUAAGUACCUGCACAGCUUGCCGACACUCAUGUUUUUCCACAACGAACAUCCGGUCGACUACAAGGGUAGCCAUACCAUAGAGAAGAUGAUCCAGUGGGUUAAAAAGAAAACCGAACCACCGGCUCAGAUACUCAGCACUGUGGACGAUGCGAGGAUCUUCGUGGACAGCGCGGAGGUCACCAUCGUGGGCUUCUUCAAAAACCAGACGAGCCUCGAGGCCAAAGAGUUCCUCAAGGCUGCGUACACUAUCGACCGGCACGCGUUUGCCAUCACAUCGGAGGACGCCGUCUACAAGGAGCUUGGUGCCAGCAAGGACGGAGUGAUGCUCUUCAAGAAGUUUGACGAGCGCAGGAACACUCACGAAUUUAAGCCCACCUGUGAUAAGAUUCGGACAUUCGUCGCUAUGAACAGCCAGCCCCUGGUUGUGGAGUUGACGAAGCAA